GCAGAGUGUUUGUAGAGCCCCCGUGCAUGCUGGGCGAGUGGUAUAACGUCCAAAAAGUAAAAGUUUGGGAGUGGGAAAGCCUCGCCAAGGCCGCCCGCUUGUGAGGUGGACUUUCGCUGGCAGUCGGGCUGUGGUGGUGUUACAGUUGUCGUGGGUCUGUGCUUGGCUGUGGAUCUGGUGGUGGUGCGCUGUGGAGGAGUGGCGGUGCCCUCGAACCCCGGUGGUGAACAUUAUCCAAAGGUAGAACAUCUCAGGUACAACAACAACGACACUAACAACUACAACAACCGUCCCCUCUCGCCUUCCCCUCGCCCCGUCCUGCUCGCGUCGGUGCCUCUCCUCGCGACGAUUCUCAUGAACUUUUUGGCCGAACACACAACCUCGUGACUCCCGCGUGACCACAGGACUCUGAUCUGUCCCUUGAGACGCUGCGCUGAAUGGGUGAUGUGGAGUGACACGUGAGGGUAGUGUGGGUGUGUGCGCGUAAAGGCUCAGACGUGUGCCUCGCUGCCUCGCCGCCUGGUCUGGUAUCAGCGCCGAUCUUGUCCCCUCACGAAUGUGCGUGGAACUUGGUGUGUCUGUGUGGACUGAAGAAACUCGUGUCCCCGCGACCAGAGCAGAGUUAUAAUGGUGCAGAGUGUUGACAUGCCGCUUUUUUAUUACAAUAGAAUAAACACGAUGACGGACGAGCUUCUGUCACUCAAGUGGAACAAUCACAAGUCCACUUUUGCGGAUAUCCUCACAAUACUCAGGGAUCAGGAGGUAUUCAUCGAUGUCACACUGGCGUGUGGGGGCAAGCAGUACCCUGCCCACAAGUUUGUGCUGUCAACAUGUAGUGACUACUUUAAGGAAAUGUUCACCAAGAACCCCUGCAAACACCCCAUCGUCUUCAUGAAGGAUGUGUCAGCGAGGGACCUGGAGGCAUUACUAGAUUUUAUGUACCGCGGGGAGGUGAAUGUUCCCCACCAUCACCUUGCCUCCCUCAUCAAGACUGCGGAGGGGCUUCAGGUCAAGGGGCUAGCUGUUCCCGAUGACCCAAUUCAACUCAGAAAAGCAGAACGCCCCUCCAGGGAGUCCAGGGAAAGCCACACCCCACGGCCGCCCCCAGACCCCUCAGUAAGCCCUCCUCCUCCCAAGAAGAAACGCAUGAGGGACCCGGAGUAUGCCUCGGGAAGUCUGGGUCAUAUGUACACAAGCAACAUGUCGCCGCAUCAUGAGCCCAACAGUCCCUAUGACCUGUCUCAGAAAUCAUCCUCAUCUUCUGUGUCUCAAUCGGACAACAUCCAGAAUGACAGCACUGCCCCCCAUCCCCUCUCUCCAGACCAGCCGCCCCCCCACCACCAACAAUCCCACCACCACCAUCACCUUGCCAAUAAGGAAAACUCCGUGGAUGACACAAAGAGAGUCUCCAGUACGCCGCAGCCUCCCACUCCCCAGCCCCCGCCCCCCCGCUCCCCCACCCCACAUGCCCCUUCCGAGGCCAAUUGCCAGGAGAUGUCUCAUGAGGAGUCUGACCCCAUGCCUGGGCCCUCCUGGCGGCCUGUCGUAACCAAGCCUGAAGAUGAUGUGGUUGUGAAGGAAGAUAUAUCUGUGGAGGAGGAGGAGGAGGACUGGGGGCUUGAAAGUGGUGCUGGGAGUGACAUUGGGGAUGCUAGCAGUGGGUGUGAUCAUCCCACCAUGGACCCCCCGCCACACUCAUGCUCCAACUCUAGUCUUCCCUCAUCCCUCGACCCAGCACUGAAGGACUUGUCAUCAAAGUCAUCCAAGUUGAAGAAAACUGAUCCCUCCCUGAUGAGCCCCCAGGGUCACAGUGUCCUGUCCCACUCCACACCUCCCAUGCUGCUGCCCCCUGGAGCUCUCUGGCCCCAGGAUGGCAAUGUCAAUGUAGAGGAGAUCCUGCCUUGCCCUAUUUGUGGCAAACAGUUUCCCAAGAAGAGAAAGUCCAACUUGCAGGUGCACCUGAGGACCCACACUGGGGAGCGACCCUUCAAAUGCCAGCAGUGUGGCCGCGGCUUCAAGCAGAAAGCCCACCUGGAAAAACACCUAGAGAAGUCCUGCCACGUGAUGUCUGAGUACGUGCCUUACCCGUUCUUUCCCAAGAUAUGAGCAGAGGCCACCCCUGCCUUCCCCCCUCCCCUCCAUCUCUUGAGAGGCUCCUGCUCGCUUAGAACCGGUGACACUACCUCAGUCCUGCCUCUGGCCUAGUGCUGCGUCUGAGUUCAGCACGUGCAUUAACCCCUGACUCCCCUGUGGUGCAAAGGCUCUGUGACUGUGACAGAACUGCUCUGCCACAAGUGUAAACAAACAAACAAUCACACAAAAGGAAAUAAUGGCUUUAAGUUGCUCAUGUAUAAGAGCAUCCUGUGUAAUCUCCCAAAAAGAGAUAUGAAUAUUAACUCUUAAGCGAUACAAAGGUUCACUUGACCCUAUUGCUGCGUUAAGUCAACACGGGUACAGCCGUCCGAUAUUAGUUUUGUAUUGACAUAAAUGUACAAUAUUGAUAUGAUCUUAAUGGUCUAGAAGUUACUUUAGCUGAGUGCAGCUUGCGUGCUAGUAAUGGUGUACAUAGUGUGGUGGUGUACAGACGCCCGCCUGCAGCCUGGCUUCCUCAGUGCCCUGCCGUGGCCCCUCACUCUCUUUCACCUCUGUACCCCAGAAGCUAUAUUUACUGUACCAUAUGUAUAUAGACACAGAUAUAUAUAUAUCAAAUUUUUAUAUGUAUUAGGAAAAGUAUGAGGUUAAAUUUAUAUUAUAGCUAAAAUAUAUAAAUCUUUGUACAGCUUCAGCUUGUCUGAGGGAAAUAUUAUUUAACCACUUAAGUGUGAAAUGGGCAUUGAUUAGUUUUCCAAAGCCAUUGUGCUUCAUUCUUCUGCUUCCAUUAAGUAUAUUUCCAGUGUGUGGCUCCGUCCUCUGUACAUGCGCCCAAGCACACACACGUGCACACAACACUCACACAGACACAUGGAGGCCUCCAGCCAGAAGCAUAAUCUCAGUACAUAAACAAACAUAUACAUUGUGUGGUCCUUCCAUACUUGCUUCUUGUUCAUUUGGUCAGGUCAGGGAGGCGGUGUGUGUGGCCUGGUCUGCUGUGUUCAGGGCUACCUCCAACCAUCAGCCCAGGACACACCACUCACACAUCUCAGCCCCUCCCUACUCAACUCACCCACACCCCACUAGUCCAAGACAUACACCCACAUACAGUGAAACAAAAUUCAUAUAUUAACAUGCAUGCAUAGCUACAUAUACCUCAGUACGCUUACACAGGCACACAGCAGUCCAUGGAGGGUGAUUGUCUCGUGCUAAUAUGUCUGUUUGUUGGGGCUCUCAGGUUGUGCUCUGUAGCAGGAAAAGUUUGUCAUUCCUUUUUUACUAAAAUAACUUCAGACCCACCUCUGUGAUGACCUGAUGGGUUUCACGCCUUCAGGAAAGCAUAAGUAAAUAUUCUUUAUAAAACCUCAGGCAUUCCAGUAAAAUUUCUCUAUACUUAGAAUGAUUAUAUAGAGGGAAGUGUGGUGAUGUUCUUCCAGAUAUUAUAAAUUAUUUACUAACUCCUAAGUAAAUUGAAUCCUUGAUUUUCAUACACACAGUAAAUUUUUAGGAAAUAGUAUCAAAGAAACUUUUAGAAUUUGGCCAUGAGUACACCAUUGAGCACAUCAUUGUAAAUCAAAACAUUGUGUUAAUCAAGCUUAUAUUGUAUAAAGUGAUCUAUACUGGGUUGUUGCACUGCCCCGGCCUGACCUGACCUGAUGUAUGGAUGCCAAGAUUCUGUAAUUGGCCUUGUGUCUCUAAGGUGUCUCAGUUUACCUCAGAAUGUAAGAUUAUUGAGAACAAGGCUGUGUAAUUUGAAUCUCCACAUGUUUGUCUUUGUCUUUAUGUUUCAUUUUUCUUGGUGUUGAAGGCAUGUGUAACAUUUCCUUCCCUGUAGUGAGCUGAGUGGAGGCAGAUUGAGCUGUUCUGGAUAGUCAAGCUGAGCCAACUGGUGGUGUAGGAAUAUAGUGUCAUCAUAAUAGGAUUUGGUUGGCUUUUCUAAACCAAAUUACCAAAGUACAUGUGAUAUUUAACCUAAAAAGUGGAUCAUGUACAGAUAUAUUAGUAUUAGCUGUAUUGAUAGUCUUCAUCAUAUAGAAUGGAAAUCACUAAUUUGUUUAUGUAUUAAAAGUAUAUUUAUAUUGUUUAUAUAAAAAAAAAAUAUGGAUUGUACAUUGAAUGCAGCCUGGACACUGUUCCCUCCCCUCCAUUCCUCUCUUGUGUGUUCUGCUCUCCCUUCCUUGUGUUCCCUUCCACCCCGUGGCCGCGUCAUGGCUCUGCCCCACCCGCCCUCACCCCUCAGCAGGAGCCACUGUUCAGACACAUUGUGAUAGGCCCCCGCGACGGCCACCGGGGGAGACGAGAGCCCUGCCUCCUGCAGUAGUAGAUGAUCUUUAUUUGAUACUUCUUCAUAUGAUUUCUUACUUCAGAUUGAUUCUCACUCAGUGAUGAAAAUUUUUAUCCUUCUCUCUUGUCUUUUGGUUGAGGUCUUGUAUAUGUUGUAUAUAUCAUUAUUGUAUAGUCAUUAUUUUAGUAUCCUGUACUUAAAUGCACCAUUUAUGAAAAAAAAUCUUAUCAUCAGAAUAAACACUAUUUUCCAUCA